GUCAUUGGUGAGUGUAGGGGUCAUAAAGUGGUGGUCAUGUCAUUGAUGUUGGUAACAUUGGUAACACACCCCCGGAAUAUUUGUAUGGUAUAGUGUAGUGAUGUGUUAACAUGUGUUGUGUUACACGAUUGCAUGGCCUCUACUGGUAGGUAAGUGCGGCCAAACAUACAUACAUAUACACACACAUACACUUGUAAACCAGUGUUGUUACGAGGGAUAUGCACUGUUAAACAACACGUUAACCAAUAGCAGUGUUGUCUAAACCCAGUGUAGGCGGUCACACACACAGCACCAGUAGAUAUGUUGCACUGAUGUUUGCUUGUAUGCCUUAACCACCAGUUUUUAGACAAUAAGCUGUGAAUCGAUGGCAAUGAAUGACUGAGAGCUUGUAGUGAACAGUGCUUUGCAUUUUAUUUAACGUUCAAUACAUUUGACGACAAACUUGUAAUACCAUUGACUGACACCACAUGUCUGAACACUAUUGCUGUGAUUGUAUAUUACAAGAAGUGUCACCAAAUUGUCACAAAACCACAACUACUACUCUCUCAACACAACUCUCAGCACAGGCUAUCAUACCAUAGCUUUUGCGUUGAAUAUAAUUAAAUGACAUCCAAUUCAAACAACUCGACCACAGACUCUCCGUGUUGUUCGUCCAGUGCGGGCACUGAUAGCCGAAGUCAUACGACUAAUGUGAACAGUACUCCCACUAUGAACUUAAGUACAACAGAGGACAACCAUUUAUCGCCGACAGUCGGCCCAACACCUACACCAAUGUCACCGUCGACCCCAUCGGUGUGUGCGCCCAUCAAUCCAUAUGAUCCGCGACUUAUAUCACGUUUAGGUGGCUUUUACGGGUCACCCCAUGCCGACCAAAAUGCAUUUUAUCCUCCCGGAGCCAAUCCUUUUUACCCAUUAAUUGGAAAUCCGUAUGACUUGGAGGACCCAAAUGGUAACGGUUGGGGACCUUUACUACAGACUACGUGCUACCUCUAUGACCCCAUCUAUAACCCUUAUGGUGAAAGAUAUGCGAUGGACGGUAUGGCCCGUCGCAAGAAUGCCACUCGAGAGACAACCAGUACGUUGAAGGCCUGGCUUAAUGAGCACCGGAAGAACCCUUACCCUACAAAGGGUGAAAAAAUAAUGUUAGCCAUCAUCACGAAAAUGACAUUAACACAAGUGAGCACUUGGUUUGCCAACGCUAGGAGACGACUUAAAAAGGAAAAUAAGAUGACGUGGUCUCCGAGGAAUAGAUGCGAUGACGACGACGAUGCCGAUGGCAAGGAUGGCGAUGGAGAGACCGACUCUCGCAGGAGAGACAGAGACGAAGGCGAUUCUGAUAUUGAUAUUGAAGACGACUCCAAUCUCGAUGGCACCAAAAGGCGAGACACGGGAUCACCACUUUCUGAUGUUGGAUCCCUUUCCGAUAUCGGAGAUUCAGACUCACAAUCGGCUAAUAAUGGAAACCCAAUGAACACUCAUCUUCACCCACACCAUGCAUUACCUCUAAAUAAGCCAAGAAUUUGGUCUAUAGUGGAAACAGCGACCAGUAAUAACGCUUCCUCACUGUUACCACCGAAUUUGUUGGCUAACAAACAACUCCCUAAUAAUGCCAAUCCUGGUUUUGGACCCAUUCCUGCCUCAGCUGCAGCUAUAGCUGCCAAUAGAGCCGCACGACUUGAAUAUUUAGCUCCAUAUUCAAAACCUGGCGCUCACUUAUAUAAUGCGGGCAACUUUGGUGGCGUACCUCCCGGUGCAGCGGCAUUUUCACCUUUGUAUGCAUGUCCUCCUUCAGCCAUUAUGGGUCAUUUAACGGGACCUGUAGGCGCUCACAAUAAUGUUCCGCCACAUAUCGCUGCUGCCGCCGCUGAGUCCUCAUUAAAUAGGUUACGUUCAGCAGCGGCGGCAAUGGCCGGCUCUUCACUGACUGGCGGCUCAUCGACGGACAACAUUGCGGCCAUCAAUAAGACCAUCACUAGUAUUGGUGAGCGAACUACUGCUAGUAAUGUUAAAUCGUGACAUUUGUGAUCAUUCACUCAUUAAAGACUAUUUAAUAUACAUAUAUCUAUUGAACAUAAUAUACAUUGAACUCCAACUAAACUCAUUGUCUUCAUAUUAAUCGUCAACCGAUACUAUAAUUGUACAGAAAUAUUAUUAAUGAUGUUUAUAAUAAUGUUUCAUAACAUGAUGUGACAUAACUUUUUGUUUUAUUUACUGAACAUUCAUGUAGUUUGUGAUUCACAACAAAAAUUUCAAAUCACAAUUGAUUUCUAUCUAUAAUAUAAUAUGAGUUUGUGUACAAAGCACUUGAAAAAACUUGAAUACAUUUAACAAAAGCAUAUCAAAUGUGAGAUUAUUAAAGCAUUUGAGUUGCAAUUAAGCGAAGAAUAAUAUUAUCAAGUGUUUGGUUUGGACCACAAAACAUGAUAAUGAAGUUUUCAAGACAUCUAUGACUAGCCAUUGAUUGUUAAUACCGUUAGGACUCUAUGCCAUCGAUCAGCUCAUUGUCGUUGUUAUCAAUAUUAUUCAUCGAUAUGCUGUCCUCACAAACAUUAAAAGAUCGACUGCAAUGGCAUUUGCCUUAACUUUAAGGUCAGUCCUAUUCUAUUAAAUUGAGGACAAACGACAAUAAAUAUACAAAUAAUUAUAUAAAUGUAUGUAUUUGUUAAAUAAUUUAUUACAAAUACGUAUUACGUGAAAACUAUAGCUCAUAUAUAGUAAACCAGAAAUAACUUAUAGUAAAUAAUAAUAAUGUGAACUAAUAUUAUUUAAUGAUAUAAUUUGGCUAAAGAAGAGAUAAAACUAUCAUAAAUUGAGUGACAAAUCACAG